AUGAAGAAAAGAGGAAAACAGUCCUUUCAGGUGCACAAUGCAGUGGACUUCUCUGGUGGCUCAGAUGGGAAAGAAUCCACCUGCCAAUGCAGGAGACUGAGGUUUGAUUCCUGGGUCAGGAAGAUCCCCUGGAGAAGGAAAUGGCAACCCACUCCAGUGUUCUUGCCUGGAGAAUCCCAUGGACCCAGGAGCCUGGUGGGCUACAGUCCAUGGGGUCGCAGAGAGUCAGACACGACUGAGCAUGCACACAGGAGGCCAAGGAAAGUGGCAGCUUUGUCCAGAAUCCAGACUUUCAACCUGUUUUUUUAA